GAAAAGGCAAUUAAUUUCAUUAUCAUUUUCUCUUCCAAUUUCUUAUAAUUGUCACAAUGUCUUCUGAGGGUAACAAUGGAAACAUUGAUUUUACCAUUUAUCGUCAAUACGUACAUGAUAUAUCACCUCCAAUUAAUAAUAUCUCCAAACUCCAAGAUGACAAACAAAUCGACUUCAUUUUGAGGUUUGCCAGUGAAGAAUAUGACGUGCAUGGAAAAGGUACCGGAAAUUUACAUCCCACUUGGGACCUUGAAGAAUUCAAUAUUGAAUGGGUGAAAAAGGUGAAGGAACGUAUUCGAAAUGCGAGGGUGGUUAUAAGCAUAGGUGGUGUUGGCUCUGAAUUUCCAUUCGAUCCAAUUGAAAAAGAUAUAUGGGUUUACAAAGUCAUAGAGUCGACCAAACGGAUCGUCCACGAUCUCUAUGACAAUCUAAUUGAUGGUAUUGAUAUUCAUUAUGACGUCAUCAAAUCAAGUAAAGAUGAAUUUUCUUGUAGUAUUGGGAGAGUUAUAGAAAAACUAAAAUAUGAUACCAAUCUAUCCAUCAAUGUGGUUUCCAUUGCUCCAAACGAACUAGUCCAAUCCUACUACCUCGACUUAUUUUUGGAAAAGCUAUACUUUAUCGACUUGGUUGACUAUCAAUUCUACAAUCUUAAACCACAAACUCUAAAACAACUUGUAGAACUCUAUCAAAAAUUAGUUCAUGAGUACAAUGUGGCUACCGUCCUACCAAUAGUUAGCUCUCACAAGGUCCCUAUAAUUACCGAGUUCAUCCAAUACCUUUUGCAAAAAAAAUUACUCCCUGGCGCUGUUGUUUGGGAUGAUCAUAACUCUACCGUUGGAAUCAUUGACUCUUUCUCUAUAGAGAAUGUGCUACAAAACCUCUAAUUAUGAUUAAUUAGGUUGUAAUCCAUUUUUUAUUUUAUGGGUCAAAUAUCACAAACAUAAAUGGAUAGGAGGAUGACUCUAUCUAUUGGAUGUUCUAAAUAAGACCUAUCAAUUGGUUGCUUUUAGUAUUGCAUUUGUGUUUGUGUGUGGCAUUGGUUUCUUGUUUUCAAUUACUUUCUUUUGUCAUUUUG